AUCAUGAUCACGAGGUGCUUUCGUAUUUUGCAAUCGUCCGAAUGUAUUUUUUUAGAUGAUCAAAAAAUUCUAAAAAUUUGCUAUUAUUUAAGCUUUUUAUAGCUGAUGGCGGUCCCUCCAUCCCAUUUCCAAGCUGGAACAUCAGCUGUCCCAGCCACACAGGUUGAAAUUAGUGUUUCCUGCAGGGGUCUCAGAGAUCUGGACACAUUUUCUAAGUCUGAUCCUUUAUGUGUGUUGUUCACAAAAGAUGGAAAGACUGGACAGUACUAUGAGUUUGGUCGCACAGAGAUGAUCAGUGACAACCUCAACCCAGACUUUGUGAAGAAAUUUGUUAUUAAUUACUAUUUUGAAGAGAGCCAAAAAUUAAAAUUUGAAAUAUAUGAUGUGGAUUCCAAAAGUGCUAGGCUGUCAGACCAUGAUUUUCUGGGAAGAAUGGAAUGUACACUUGGUGAAGUUGUAGCGACUGGUGGGAAUUUUGAACGACCAUUAUUAGGGCCAACUAAAAACAAUGGCAAAAUUAUUUUGCGGACAGAAGAGUUGGGGAGUAAUAAGGAAGUCAUAAACCUGCAUAUGAAAGCCAACAAUCUAGACAAGAAAGAUUUCUUUGGAAAGUCGGACCCAUACUUGGAGUUUAUGAGGGUUAAUGAAGAUAACAGUUUUACAGUGGUACAUAGAACAGAAGUUAUAAAGAAUACUCUAAACCCCACGUGGGCACCAUUCAAGGUUCCAGCUAGGUCAUUAUGUAACGGAGACUAUGAUAGGAGUAUAUUGAUUAAGUGCUGGGAUUGGAACAGUAAUGGCAGUUCAGAUAUAAUAGGUCAGUUUACCACCAAUCUUAGAGAGUUGACGAGAGGUCCAGGACAAAAUAAUGUGUAUGAGGUAAUCAAUGAGCAAAAGAAAGCAAAGAAGAAAGGAAAAUAUAAAAACUCUGGUGUGGUUACACUAAUGAGAUGUACAGUAGAAAUGGAAUAUUCAUUCUUAGAUUAUAUAACAUCAGGAACAGAGAUGGCUUUCACAGUUGCUGUAGAUUUUACUGCCUCCAAUGGUAACCCUAGCUCACCAUCAUCCCUGCAUUAUAUCAACCCAUAUGGCACACCGAACCAGUAUUGUAUGGCUAUACAGUCUGUGGGAGAUAUUAUACAGGAUUAUGACACUGACAAAUUGUUCCCGGCUCUUGGCUUUGGUGCACGAUUUCCUGAUAAUAGUGUUCAGCAUGAAUUUUCUUUGAAUUUCAAUCCCCAGAACCCAUAUUGUGAAGGUAUACAAGGAAUUAUAGGGGCAUAUCAAAAUGCUAUAAGGAGUGUACAGCUAUAUGGACCAACCAAUUUUGCUCCGUGUAUAAACCAUGUUGCAAGGUUUGCAGCAUCAAAGAGAGACGGGUCUUGUUAUUUUGUACUGUUGAUUAUAACUGAUGGUGUUAUAACAGAUAUGCCUCAAACAAUGCAGGCUAUUGUAAAUGCUUCAACACUGCCUAUGUCAAUUAUCAUUGUUGGGGUAGGAGAUGCUGAUUUUGAAGCAAUGAAUGUACUAGAUGGGGAUGAGGUCAGAUUAUCAUACCAGGGAAGGGUUGCUCAAAGAGAUAUUGUACAGUUUGUACCAUUUCGAGAUUUUAUCAGUCGUAUGGGAUCACAGAAUCCCCAGAUUUCACAAGCAGCAUUAGCAAAAGAAGUUCUAGCAGAGGUUCCUGACCAGUUGGUGUCUUUUAUGAAGAUGAAUGGAAUCAAGCCUAGACAGACAAUACCUGCUAGUGCUCCGCCUCCAUACUCUUAAUUAAAACACACUUAAACAAUGUAGUUGUAAUAUACAUAAAAAACAUUGUGCAAAGUAGUGCACCUAUUUUAUACAAAUAUCAUACAUUAUAUAGUAAUAUAUUAAUGUUAUUUGUAGAUAAACUAAAAUUGUAUCAAUUUGCAUCAAGCAUUGUAGAAUUCUUUUCUAUCAAAAGGAGUCUUACAAAACAUAUAUAAAUAUUUAUAUACAGUGAAAACAUGAUGGGGAUUUUUGAGAUUCUCAGAUUACUGAAAAAUCAGCCAUUAAUUACACAUAGCAUGUCAAUUAUUACUUGAAGCUUCAAUCUUUUACUUUUCCUAAAAUCUUAGUACAUUUUUCUCAGGCUUGAUUUUGCUGAAAUAUUUUGGCUCAUCUGGAGGCAUGCUGCUUAAAAGACUGUGUUAUAACUCUGUUGAUACGUAUAUUCAGUAUAUGUUGCUUACAUAAUGCAUUCAAAGUUUAUAAUGCAUUGGCAUUAGAGUUAUGCUUUUUAAAGUUAUGAGGCAUUAGAGUUUACUUGCUUAAGUGUUUAUGAGGCACAACUUUUAUGAUAAGAAGGACUGACAGGGUAUUCACUUAAUUCUUCAAACAUGUCUUCUUUUACUAAAGUGGAGGUCACUUUCUAAAAUGCAAUAAUGCUCUAGCAUGGUUUUUAAUUGAGUUAUACCUUUUUGUAAAAUUAGAAAAUUCUUAGAUACUGUAUGUCUUGCAGAGUGUCAUAUAGAGAUUUACAUUUGCCGUCUUGGUGGAAAUUGUACCUUAUUUACAAAGACCCAGAACUCGAACAUUGACUUUCACUCAAUUAUAAUACCCCUUUAAAAAAUAUAAAAAUUUCUGAACUAUCCAAGAUCUUUGUUGAGAAUAGUCAAGUAAGUUUUUGAUCUGACAGCUCUUGUUUAUUACACGUGUUUAUGCUCAAAGUUAUUAUGAUGACUGUUCUAUUUGUUACGAAAUCUUAAAUGCUGUUUUAAUUACUGAUGUAAUAAAGGUCCUACAUAUUUACAUACAUUUGCAUUCUUUUGAUUCAGAUAACAAUAUGUUCAAUAUGUGUACAAAAAGUAUAAAUUUACAUCAACAUGUUACAAUGCUGUCUUUCAGCACAUACAUUUCUUUUUCACAAGUUUUAAAUAAUUCAACCGUGAUUUAAUAACAACAUUUG